GUGAGGAUCCCUACACUCCCAUGAAGGGGGAAAGGGGGUUCAGACUCCUGUAUGUCUUCAUCCCUGUUAAUCCGAGAGGAGGGGCCAAUCCUGCAAACCCUGGCUUCCGUCUCCCCUGUGGACAUCUUCUGGCCUCUUCUGGCUCCAAAGCACUGGACUGCCUUUGGAGAGAAAAUGCGCCUCCUGGGAGAGGCCUUGUGCCCAGAAAGUCCGCCAUCUUAAAAUGUGUGCCCACAAAUGACGUCCAGCCCACCUGCUACACAGACUAUGCCGCGGAGCUGGCGUGCUGCUGGGAAGCUGCCCCUUCUGCUAACUGCACCGAGGCAUUCCUGCUCCGCUACCAGACGGACGCCUCCGGGGAGCUCCAGGAGUGUCUCCCCAAGAACGUGAGGGGUCCUGGCCCUGGUUCCUGGUGCACGUGCGCCUUUCCGGUGGCCAGCCCAUUCCGUAUAGUGCUGGACAGGAUCACGACCAGGAACAGGACGGAGGUCUGGCAGACGAAAGCGGAGAACAAGGUGAAGCCUCGGCCUCUCGUGAACCUGACUGUGGCAAAGAAGAGCCACUCCUUCCUCCUCACCUGGAAGAAGGACUACGUGGCCGAUAGCAUCCUACACAAGACCAAAGCAAACUACGAGGUGGCUUAUUGGCUCCAAGGCCAGGAGGAAAAGCUGGCCAAAUGCCCUGGGAAGGACGGAGUCUGCUGCUCCCACUGGUGCCGGACCCUGGACACAGAGCCUCCGUGCCUCGCUGUGAGACAAGCAUCCACAGAGGUAUCUUCAGGCUAUGAAAUCUACGCCAACCAACUGGCACCACAUUCGAAUUACAUGGCAAGCGUGCGGUACAGGCUGGUGCUCUGGGAGACUGUCUGGAGUGAGUGGAGCAGCCCCUGCACCUGGUAUAACGAUCUUGAACUUGGCGACGACGAACAUAGGAAUGACCUCCUCUGGGUGUGCGUUCCGGUGGUCGCAGUGAUUCUUACCUGCUACAUCUGUCUUGGCAGGGUGAAGAAAUGGCAGGACUCAAUCCCACACCCAGUCAUCCUGAUGGGAAAGCAGGUUCCCAGUCCCAGCUUUCCAAAGAAGGAGAGGAAGCCAUCCCCGUAUGGAAUCAAGGCCCUGCUUUGUGACCUGUGCAACCAAAAUGGCAGAGAAUUCCAAGGCAGACGCCCUCCUGCGCCUGCCUCUGGCCACACGACGACGACGACGCAGGAGAAUGAGCCCCCAGCCCAACAAGAGCGGGUCCUGUGGCCUGAGAUCCCUUUGAUCGAGCGCUUGCCAGUUACGUGCAGCUUUGAAACAGGAACUGAGCCUCAAACCCAGCAAGAGAAGGUGGAGGGACACAGACACGUCCCUCAUGCAAAUGCCAUGGCAAGCCUCUUCAGAGAUGCCGUGACUGGCGACCUCAGCCCAGCGGACACCAGAGGCCUUGAGCUCUGGCCAGAAGGCCAGGAGGGACCGCGUUGCCCCCGACAGCCACCUCCAGAAAACGUACCCCAGGCCCCUCGUCUCUUCCCAGAGUGGUCCCUGGACGUGCACAGCGACCGAGGAGGGAGGACCACCAUGGAGGGCUCUUCUGAGCCAGGCUAUCACAAGACCAUCAUGGAGGAGCCCGCCGUGGCGGCGGCAGGUCCAGCGCCUAAGCAGGGGCUGAGCUGUGAUCCUGCUGCUUUGGAGGUGGGGUUCCAGUCCCUGCUCCUGCCUCCCGAGUCACCCAGCGCCCCAGGAGGAGCCGCCCACCUGAAAAGCACCGGCCCUUGCCCAAAUGGGCAGGCCGGGGGCCUCCAUCCCACCCCUGCCCACGGCUACAAGUCCUUCAGCAGCUUAUCUCAGCACAUGGCCAACUUCUGUGAGGCUUUGGAGGGGCAGCCAUCUCUUCCUAGAGGAGACCGGAUCCAGCUACUGGGCAGUGAUGGAGGUGGCAACCAGAGUCUCCUGCUGAGCCCCAGAGUCUGUGGCCUGAACUCACUUUUCCCAGGAUGCCGAGACGCACUGCCGUGGCUUUCCUCUGGCAAAGGGGCAGCAGCCUCUCCUCUGAUUCUGACACCCCCGAAGGAAGACUCAUUCGAGCACAUUCCGGUGGGACGAGGCACCACGCCUUGCCCGGAAGCCCUUUCCCCGCCCGGGUACCGAUCCUUGGCCUCACUGCUUCAGAAUGGUGCGGGAGGCAUGCACCCCAGCAGCUUAGGCCCGGAGUCCCCCUAUAAGCCCCUCCACAGUGUUCUAAGGAGCGGGCCCACAGAACCGCCGCCACCCCUCCUCCUUGGCCCUGGCCUUAGCGAGAAAGCCUCUGGGAUUGCCGCCUGGCCAGGUGUGCUCUGGGAUGCGACCCUGGGCCUCCACCAGCCGUCAGAUUCUGUGGAGGAGGAGGACUUCCCCGGGGACAGAGAACUGCCGUGCAUCUGAGACAACACCGGGAGGGAAGAAGGAAGGGGUGCGUAAGCAAGGUGGGGGCAAGGAAGGCCUCCCUCCCCCUCUUCCUCUCCUCGGGGGCACUAUUACAGCCCUGCUGCUGAGUUUGGACAAGGUGGUGACACCAGCUGCUCUUUUGCAUCCACCAGCCAGGACCAGAAGCUCAUGGGGAUCCAGCAGCCCCUCAGUUCCUGGGCAAGAACAGAGGGGAGGGGAAAUGGGUCACCUGUGGGGCCCCACUGGAGACCCCCCUGUGACAGGGUGGGGGGGAGGAGUGUCCUUGGGCAUCCUCUCAGUCCGUUGUGGGGAGAUGGUGGUGGGCGGCUGCGAGGGGUGACCUUUCCUCUGCUAAGCUGGAGACUGUUUCCCGAUUCAAAGCAUUAAAAGUUUUGACACAGAGAA